AUGGCAGCAGCAGCAGCAGCAACAACGAGUGGUUCAAUUGGAGGAAAUGCGGCGAUGAGUGGAUAUAAUUAUUAUUCGAUGCCAGCUUAUUAUACAACAUCAGUUACACAGACUACGCCAAUGGCAGCAGCAGCAGCAGCAACAACGAGUGGUUCAAUUGGAGGAAAUGCGGCGAUGAGUGGAUAUAAUUAUUAUUCGAUGCCAGCUUAUUAUACAACAUCAGUUGCACAGACUACGCCAGCAGCAACAACGAGUGGUUCAAUUGGAGGAAAUGCGGUGAUGAGUGGAUAUAAUUAUUAUUCGAUGCCAGCUUAUUAUACAACAUCAGUUACACAGACUACGCCAGCAGCAACAACGAGUGGUUCAAUUGGAGGAAAUGCGGCGAUGAGUGGAUAUAAUUAUUAUUCGAUGCCAGCUUAUUAUACAACAUCAGUUACACAGACGACGCUAUAUAAUCAAGCAGGAACGAUAUACGGUGCAAGUGGAAACAUUGGACAACCAAGUGGAUACGGUAUUCCGAUGUCUGGUUAUUAUCAAAUGCCGCAGAAUCCGUCCACUGUAAAUAGACAAUAUGGCUCUGGUAUGUUUUAUGGUCAAUAA